AGAAAAAAUAUAACAAUAACAAGCGAAAGUAUGCUCUGAACGACCAAUAACUCAAAAAUUACAUUUUCCUGUCAUCCGCUACUGUUACAUAAUCACCGCCCUGACGAACAAAAUUUGUCGUAAAGGUACGCUUAAAAACGUUUGGUAUUCGCUCGUCUCAAUUGUUCAAUCUGUGGUUCGCCGCUGACUUGGCUGGAUAAAUCAGUUGUCAGUUGUAUCUGUCAAAAUCUGGACUAAAAAAGUGAAAUGCGCACGAUGAUUUUGAUUUUGUUGUGAAAACGAUAUGGCUGAUGUUUCGAUUUUCAUAACUCGGCGACCGUUAUUUUCAACCUUACCGACCAAUCAAAAGCCACCGUGAGGUUCAAAAUUCCACCAACCAGAAGCAGCACUUCUAGCGUCAGAGUUGGCGGGAUUAUUGAUUAUCGUAGGUGGAAGCAAAGUCGGUGCAACAAUCAAUAAUCGCCGUUGUUUUUCGCCAUUUUCACUCAGCGUUGCGCCGUCUGAGUGCAUGGAGUAUAUUUAAGCAACAUUUCGCAUUCAUUGCGCUCUAUAUCGUUCACGUGUUACGAUGAUACGAAUUUUUACCGAUUAAUAACAGUGCGCCGCUUCUCAGUGAAUCGUUGUAGCGUCGAAUUGGUGGGUUUCUACCGAUCAAAUUUUAUUCAUCGGUCACCCAGUUGCUACAACAAAGUUAAUGACAAACAACGACGCACAAAAUUAUGACAUUGUAAGCGGAGUGUGGACCAAGACAUAUCAGUAGCGGAAAAAGUGAAUCAUAUUUCCGCCAAGCGGCGAAAGUUAAUCGCAAAAUAUCAAAACUUUCGCAUCAUACGUGAAAACAGACCCGGAAAAUUGACUCAGCGAACGAUCGCGAAAAAUAAAAUUAGCGGAAUCCAUCCCCGGGAGAUUCAUUCCGGAGAUAUAGUUACGGACCGAACUCAUCGUUCGGUGGAUAUAAGUAAGAGGAUCCGUACAAGGGUAUUGAGAAAAGGUGGUGUCGAAGAGCAGGUGGCGUGACGUAAUAAACCCCCAAUUCGAAGCCGGGCAUCGAGUAUCAGCUGGUCGAUAUAAGGGAGGCAGAGGGCGCCUUAGAACCUAUGCGACAAGAAUCCCAAGCCGGUGUGAAGCUGAGGCCGCUGAGCGAUCAUCAUCACGGUGGAGGAGAAGGUGGAGGCGGAGGAGUCAUGAUUGACCAAGACAUGGCCGGGGCUCAAGAUACGAUCUAUCUUUGCAAUUUUCGAGUGUCCGUCGACGGGGAGUGGCUCUGUUUGAAGGAACUUCAGGACGUCGAGUUCUCCAUGCAGGAGUCGAUGCAACGAUCACCGUCACCACCAUUGCCGCUUAGCGGUACAGACUACCACCAUCACGAUCAACAUCAUCACCAUCGACACGAAACUCCUUCGCUUUGCGACGCACUCAUGUCCAGUUCGCCACCAUUGCCACUCUUCUCCAGCUUCUUGUCACGAGAUCCAGUGAUUAUCGAAAGGAGUAACCUAGUCAAUAUUUCAAAGUUAAUAGUAAAGGAGCUGAUCGAGACCUCUUUAAAAUAUGGACGUAUGCUUGACUCGGAUCACAUGCCGUUGCAACAUUUUUUCAUCGUUCUCGAACAUGUUCUGAGGCACGGUCUUCGGCCCAAAAAGGGACUUCUUGGCCCCAAAAAGGAAUUAUGGGACAUUCUACAACUCGUUGAAAAAUAUUGUUCAGAAGCACAAGACAUCACAUCGAGUAUCCGCGAUUUGCCAACCGUUAGGACUGCGAUGGGCCGAGCACGUGCGUGGUUAAGAAUGGCCUUAAUGCAAAAAAAGUUGGCGGAUUACCUCAAAGUGCUCAUAGACCACAAGGAUGACAUUCUUUCGGAAUACUUUGAACCGGACGCAUUAAUGAUGAGCGAAGAAGCCAUUGUCGUGAUGGGCUUACUGGUUGGCCUUAAUGUUAUAGACUGUAACUUCUGCGUCAAGGAAGAAGAUUUGGACUGUCAACAAGGAGUUAUCGAUUUUUCAUUGUACUUAAGAAGCAGUAAUCACAUUCCCGGGGAAUCUCCAGACGAUGAACUAGAGAACGACAACAUGACGACUGUUUUGGACCAGAAGAAUUACAUCGAGGAAUUGAACAGGCAUCUGAAUGCAACUGUAACGAAUCUACAAACGAAAGUUGAAUCGCUUACUACGACGAAUGCCCUGAUGAAAGAAGAUCUCGCGAUUGCGAAAAAUAAUAUCCUAUCGCUUCACGAUGAAAAUAGACAGCUGAAAAAAGAACUGGGUAUCGAGAUUAAGGAUCCGAAUGAGAACGGUAAGGCACCCGUUAAAAUCACCGAAACUACCUCGGAAAUCGAGGAGCUGAGGAGUAGACUUGAGAUGGAAAAAAAACAGAAACUUGAGGCGGAAAAAGAACUAGAUUUACAGGUCAGCAUGAAAUCGGAAAUGGAAGUGGCGAUGAAAUUAUUGGAAAAAGACAUCCACGAGAAACAAGACACCAUAAUAUCUCUGAGACGGCAAUUAGAUGACAUCAAAUUGAUCAACUUGGAGAUGUACAAAAAACUACAGGAGUGUGAGGACUCGCUUAAGUAUAAGACAGAACUGAUAUCAAAGCUGGAAGCUAAGGCACUAUCCAUGACUGAGACUAUCCAGAAAAUGGAUGAAAAAUGCAGGGAAUUGGAGGGCAUUAAAUCAGGAGCCGAGGAAAGGGCUCGAGUCGUUGGAGCGGAAGCUGCUCUACGCGAAGCUCGAGCCUCCGGAAUUGAGGGUGAACUGAGGAUAGAACGGGAGUGGAGGACUGCGCUGCAAGGGGCGUCAGUCAAGGACCGUGAAAAAAUUUCACAGCUUCGUCAAGAGGUCGAUCAACUGAAGCAAGUUGGCGAGAAAUUCUUGGCAUUGCAAGAGGAGCAUUUCGCGCUCAAGGAAAUUUGCACGGAACAAGAACGUACGCUCGAAGAACUCGGCGGUCAAUUAAGUACGGCAAAAUUAGCCGCUGUGGAAUUAAGGGAGGCUGCUGACAGCGCCCAGCAAUCGCAACAGGACGGAACUGCACCCUGGGCAAACGAUCGGCUUGUUACUCAGUGCAAACAGUGCAGUCGUGAUUUCAACAUCGCUCGUAGAAAGCAUCACUGUCGCAACUGCGGGGACAUUUUUUGCAAUGCAUGCAGCGAUAAUUCAAUAGCAUUGCCGAAUUCAACGAAACCAGUUCGAGUGUGUGACGAAUGCCAUGUAUUCUUGGUCGGACGGUAUUCGCUGAUGCCGUAACAUCACCUUCGCUGAAUAAUGUGCGCACAACGGACGUCUGCAUGUUCUGUCGUUUCAUAGAAAAACUAAAAACAUGAUCAAACUAUUUGUCGAAAAUCAACCAAAGCGCGAUAGAUAAAUCACACAUAUCGCCCCGAUUUUCAAACCGCCUUUGUAAUUUUUGAUACUUUGUAAGUCUACCUGUAAUAUAACUAUAUGAUAAUGAAAACUUUGUGCUCGAUUCAAACAUUCUACAACAGAAAAUAUAAUUUUAUAAUGUAAAAUUGAUUUGUAAUUGAUGAUUGUCGUCAACUAUGAAGUACCGUGGAGUUGGUCGGUCAGAAUUAAAGAAAUACAUUUCACCGAUGAUUUUAUAAACUAUGUUUCUACGUGCUGAUAAUUAUGACGAUGAAAAUUUGAUAUCGUGUAUUUCGCGUUGAAAUUCAGAAAAAUUUCAGUCUGAAUUUCUAUAAUCAUUGUAAUGAGAAUCAUCCAUCGUAGACACGCUAGAUUAUUGUAUGAAAAAUUUUUAACGAAAAAUCGAUGCGCUUCGGUGAUUGUUAAUGCUUCAAAAAAUCUGGCUGAACCGAUUAUCGUAUUUAAACUGUAAGAAAAUUGUUGUGUUCUCGGAAAUAAUUUAGAUACUGGACUGAUUUCUAUCAGAUUAUUCUAUUGAAUCGUCCGCACCUGAUUCGGAUCGAUUUCAAUUACAGCCUCGCUGCAGAGUAAAUGUUUCAUUAGUUACACAAAUUUCGGUGCUUCAAAUUGUUAACGGACACCGAACUACAUGGAAGUUGUGGAUACUGCAAAAAAAGUGAGCGAAUAAUUCUUGACAUACAUACAUACAUUGUUCAAGUAUGUUCACAAAUAAUUUACUACGUGUAACAUUCACGGACAUACCGUGAGUACAAUAACACGAUUUGUACGAAAUCAGUUGUUAACGCAUUUCGAUCCUGUGAAAUCUGGACGAAAUCGGGAACAGUAAAUUCCAUUAUUGACGUCCGCGCGAAUCUACGAGGUGCAAAUGUUUAUAUAUUCCACCGAAUCUCGUGGUCGCCCAUUCGAUGCUCUGAAAUGGAUUGCUUUGAAAUCUAAACAACGGUGGGUAUAGCCGAUAACGCAGAGUAGAUUCACCCUGAAAAUCUCUACAAAAGUUUUCAACUAUAAAUCAAAACGGAUAACGAUUAACUCAUGACAGGUGAUGCCGGGCGAUGUCACGUAUACCUGUAGUGUGUGUGUUCAGAAUACCGCGAAGUGCAGUCGAUCACGGAUAGCCGGAAAAAGUGUCAGCCGAUUGGCAUAAAUGGUUCGUCGGUACUCGCAUACAUUUGUGUCAUUCAGCAGUUAUUAUUCGAUAGUUUGCUAGUUCCGGUUCGAAUUUUGAAAAACCUUUGACAUUUGAUUGACAAAAAGAACAAUCGGAGGUGAUGAUUUUGUUCUGGAAAUUCUCAGUUCGUCGGUAUUAGUGGUCACCGAAUCGAUGUCGCGCCAUUCAAAGUAUGCGGCUCGGCUCUACCCUUUGUUCCACACCGUUCAUCGCUGAGUUGAUUUCGAAAUAGCAAUACACUCGUCUACAUAUACCUCCUACCCCUUUAUGUGCUCACGGGUAACGUUGGUUCGGGAACAAUACCCUGAAAAAUUUCCCUCCGAAACAUUGUGAAUUCGAAAUUUAUCCAAAUGACAAAUGCUAAUUUAAUACCUUUAUGCUUUCAUGACGAGCAAUCAAUUCAACCGAUCUAUAAAACAUCGGUCCCACCUAUCGACAAUAUAUUCAAAAAUAGGACGCAGGCUUGCUUUCCUGAAAAUCAUACACGUGAGAAGUACAUGCGCGUAUUCUGCCUCGGCCCCGAUCAGACAGAUCACAGGCCACACCAAAGUCCAGGGGUUCCCCCCCCCCCCCCCCCCCAUUGUACAGUAAUUAAAUGUAUGAUAUGAUCAUUACGUAAAUAAUUGCAACCUGUAUAAUCAGAUGAUUAAGUUUAUAUUUGUAGCAAACAAACCGUUGCUUUAUUAUAAAUAACGAUGAGAUUACAAGAGUUAUGUGAAUUAUGUUAACCAAUUAAUAAGAAUAAUUGAUUGUAUUGGAAAUAGAAGAUUUGUUAUAACGCAA